AAGAAGAAGAAGAAGAAGAAGAAGAGGAAGAAGACGCAGGAAGGACGGAAGUACGUUCCAGUGUAACACACGCCAGCAAAAUUUGGGUUGGGUGUUUGAAAUAAUAAUUUCUAACACGUUAUAACAUUAUUAGUAAGGUCUCAGCAACAUGGGAGGUGGUGACCUUAACUUGAAAAAGAGUUGGCAUCCGCAAACUCUGAAAAACAUCGAACGAGUGUGGAAAGCAGAGCAGAAACAUGAUGCUGAGAGAAAGAAGAUCGAUGAGUUGCAGAAGGAGCUUAAAGAGGAACGAGCCCGAGAAGAGAUUACCAGAUAUGCUCAAGAGACAGGCGCUGUAAAGAAAAAAGAUGACCGCUUGGACUGGAUGUACCAGGGUCCAGCAGGACAGAUUUCUCGGGAGGAAUACCUUCUUGGUCGCCCCAUCGACAAGCAGAUCACACAGCAGUAUGAGGAACCUGAGAGCGGACCAUCAGCUGAGACAGGACUACUGCCUGGUUCCAUAUUUAACCCUACAAGUUCUGUCUCUACUAAUGAUAUGGCUGUCAAGAUCAGAGAAGACCCUCUUUUUGAGAUCCGCAAACGUGAAGAGGAAAAGAAGAGAGGGGUUCUUACAAAUCCUGUUAAAAUGAAAGAAAUCCAAAAGAUGUUGCGUCAUAAUCUUGAAAAGGAAAAAAAGAGGACACAAAAAAAGAAGAAAAAGGAGAAGGAGAGAAGGAAAGAGAAAAGGCACAGAAAGAGGAGUUCAAGCUGUAAUGAGGAUAUGACAAAGAAUAGGACAAAAGAGAAACGAUCAGAUGUCUCAACCUCUAAUAGACAUCACAAAUCAGGCUAUGGACUUCAAUUACCAGCAAACAGAUCUUCAGUAUCUAACUUCACAGAUCAUGGUUCAAGAGACAGGAGUUGGUCCCCGUUGUCUUAUAAAACAGACAGGGACAAUCACUCCUUUAGAGGGACUGAGCAGAGACCUAAAACCAAAGCCCCCAGCCCAUCAAGACACAGAUACCGCAAUCAAAGACAAUACACUAAUUACAGCAAGCACCUCUCACCUGAAGAGUUGGAAAAGAAGAGAAGGGAAAUGAUGGAUUUUGCCCAUGAAAGAGAAUUGGAAAGGCAAAAUAAUGUGCAGAGGUACAAACGACAAGAGGAACAGGAGAAAGCCAGAGACAGUGCCAAACAGGACCGUCAGGCUGGCUUCAUACAUGACAUGAAACUAGAGAGUGCUGCCACCUCCUCUCUGGAAGACCGUGUGAAGAGAAACAUUCACUCUAUUCAGAGGACCCCUGCUGCUCUGGAGAAGAACUUCAUGAGAAGAUGAGACCAAGAACAUGGAAAAUUUACAUUGGUCUUUUGUAUUAAGGUUUUAAAAUUUGUAGUUUUUAAUUAACAUCAUGAUGCCAGAUCAUGGUUGUAAAUAAAAUGUCCAAAUUACA